CCCGCCCACAUCCUUUAUGAAGGAGGAAAGCUUGCCGCCGUUCAAAACCAACGUGGAGACAAGGACGCUGAGCGAGGGGGACGCGCCUCUAUUGUUACCACUGCAACAUAUUUCGGGUGGUUUUUUUUUGGUGUGUUUUCUUUAUCCCAGCAAAGCAGGCUGAUUGAUUCUGAAAGAAGUGUGGCGUGAAGGCAACAGUCCAGCUCUUCAAUCAAGCCAGAAACCGCGGCAACCUCAGAGUUUGGGGAAUGAAACCGGAUGGGGUUACCAUGGAUACCACAGAGCCCGUUGAAGCUGUGGCCGUUGUCGAGCCUUCAGUGUCGCAGGACCAAGCAGUAGAGCGAGAUGCGACGCCACCAGAGCGAGCUGAGAGCGAUGGUGCAGCAGAGGCUGCCACAGAAACCAUUGGCAACACAAAAGGAGCGGAGCCCGAAGUCAAACCACAAGCGGUUGCAUCCAAAAUGCAAGCUGCAACCAAAGCGUCCUCUGGAUCCAGGUCUCAGCCAAGUACAGUUUCUUUACACCGCAAUGUAAAUAACCAUUUGUCUACAAAGACCACCUCAGGCGAGAAAGCAGCAGUAAAAUUGUCAGUAGCGGGGGCUGUCCCCAAAAAAGCAGUGGGUGUUGCAGCUGUGGCAGCCACUGUCAGGCCAACUACCAGGGUGGCCAGUAAGAGACCCACAGGAGCCGCAACAUUAUCCAGGCCUACAUCAAGUGCUGCUGUUGCCACGGGAACAAACGGCUCUAAACACACUACCCUCAACGGAAGCAACGGGAAACCCGCUGCGGGAAUUGAUAAAGCAGCCCGAACCAAAAGCUCAGUGACUGUCGGCCGAUCAGCUGCAUUCUUGGGCCCAAAAGCAAGCACAUCUACUGCUGCCAAACCUGAGGGGGGUGCCAUCCCAAAGACCAACAGGCCUGCGUCAGCCCCCUCAACAUCUCGGUCAGCACCAUCUGCGUCCCGGCUAGGGAGCAGCGUUGCAGGCAGAUCGCACAACACUGCGACGUCUGCUCCCUCAGCAUCACGCACAGCAUCAUCUACAAGUAGGGCGGCCAACAAUGUAGCAUCCAGGCCACCUAGCAGCGCUAGUGCCAGGACCGCUGCUUCUAAAGUUGCCACAGUGCCAUCUAGUGGCAGGACCGCCGCAACACACUCAACUGCUGCUGCUGCCAUGAAAGAUCCUGGUCGACCACCUUCCAGUGCAGUUGCAAAAAAGCCAGCAGCUUCCGCGUCAGCUGUUGCCAAAAAAACUGAACUCUCCAAACCUACAGCCACAGGAAAGCCCACUUCCACCUCCAAAUUGGCGCCCAAAAAAGCGGACCCCAAGGUGCCUCAGACUAAACCUGGACCCACGAAGAUUUCUAGUGGACCUGCUCCAAAGUUCCAAGCGGCCAGCAAACCUCUAGGACGAACGCCACCAAGCUCUCCUGCCAUUAAAUCCACUACUAGCAGCACAACGCUGACUAAACAUGGAAGCAAACCCACUCAGGCGGUGUCUCCUUAUUCUGCCGUCAGGAAGACAAAACCAUCAAACUGUGCCUCUUAUGGACCCGGCCAGAGGGGGACUGGCAAAGUGGUAACACAUGCUAGACAACAACGAGUCAGCACCAAUGUGAGUUUAGGUCAAAAACCAACUGCAGUGAAAGUUCCGUCCAAAGCGUCAGCUCAGGAUGUGACUGUUCAGAGUCAUCCGGCUGCUUCCUGCUCUCCGUGCAGCCUAAUCAAUACAGAUGAGCACCAAGUUGCUCAAAGUGAUGCUCGUUCUUCACCCCAUGUGGAGCUUCCACCGCCACCAGAGGUCAGCAGUGAGCCUCUUGAUGUGUUGGCGGUCCAAAAACCUUCCUCAACCGCUGCUAAGCCAGUGGCUCAGACAAUAACGCCGAACGACGAGGAAGACGGAGAAGAAAAGGAGGUGAGCCAACCGGUGUCUGUUUCCGAAAUGAGCGGCACUACGCAGCCCACUGAGGAGUCGCGUCCCGGAUCGGCAGGACCAAUGGGAGGCUCUGCUUGGAGGGCGGGCGGCGCUUUCCUCUCCGAGCUGGACUCUCUGAGCGGCAGCCAGCAGGGGGCGUCGGAGUUCAGCGCUCCCGGGGUCUUGGAGGGCACCGAGAGUAUCGACGAUCUCGGGGACGGCAGCUUGAAAGGCGCCUCUGUGAGCUCACCCGACUUUGAGAAGGUUCCAGAUAUUCCCGUCAACGACUUCGAGGAGGACGACGACGACGACAGAGUGUGCGACAUGGACGUAGGCUCCGAGCGCACGGACGAGAUACAAAGACUCCGACAUGACAACGAUGUGGACGAGGAGGACGAAGACGUGGAGAUGGCGAGCGAAGGCGUUACCGAGAGCGGUCUGGAAAGCUAUGGGAACGCCGACGAAGACGACUUUGUGGACGACGAAAGGCUGGACAACUUGAACAGGUUGGCCCUGCCCCCUCCGCCUCCUCAGCUACCCUCGGCCCCGGGCGCUCAGUGGGACCGACCCAACCCGUUUGCGGAUCCCUGGGCAGAACACAAUCGAGCACAGCAGCCGAAUCAAGUGGAAGCUGAUGUCAGUCCUUUGCUAGAACCUUUGCAAGAAGACUCAGAGGCCGCGUCUCAAUCUCCAGCUCAGGCCUGGCUGGAAAUAAGUUCUGACUCGUGUAUUACUGAACACCCUGGCGCCGCCCCGCUUACCUCUGACAAGGAUGAGGGCCAAAGGUGUGUCGUGGCGCCUCUGCAGAUCCUUGCUCCUCUUCCUGCGAGCACGCUGAGCAGCGAGAGCGGAUCUCCAGCCCAGCUCAUAGUGACGUCUCCUCAGCCGGACCUGAUGGAGAGCAGAGAUCAGAAAGUGAAAGCACAGACGAUGCCAGCUGAUGAAGUUCUCCGAGGGGUAGUAACCGCACUCACCUCCAACCCUUCCUCGUCUUCCGUAACCGAGGAUGAGGCCAGCGACACAGAAGGGGAAGCACUGCUGGACGAUGCUUUGGAAACUCAACAGAACCUCACCAUCGAGAUCCAACCUAAAGCCCGAUUUCUCUCCACUGUGGAAGAAUCAGAGGAAUUCGAGACAGCCCGCUUGACCGAGGACAUGACCCCACCUUCCGCUACCUCGCUGGCAUCCUACGGCUUCGACUCGGCGACCACGGCCUCCAACGUGCAGUCCACAGGCGAGAGCUGCAUCAAGAGUCCUGGCAUCUUCUCUCUGGAGGAGCUGCCCGAGGAGUCCAAGGAGCUUCCUCAUCCCACGCAGUCCAGCCUGGCGGAGCAGCAGUACACCGAGUGCAACAAACAGGCAGUAGAGUCCAGUGAAGAAGCGCCUACUCCCUCACCAGCUCGGUGCGCUUUGCAGCCAGCAGGAGAAAAGGCGGACGAUCUCCACCUUCCAUGUUUUUCUGCUAUCUGUGAAAAGCCCGACACCUCUUUCACAGGUAACGUAUGACUGACACAACCUGUCCUUGCCGCCUCGUCCUAUGUGUCCUGAAAUCUGUGGUGGUGGUGAUAGAACAGAGAGCAAAAAGGGAAGCUAUAGAAAUGGAAAAAAGGCUUUCCUUAUAUAAAAGGCUGACAUUCCUGUAUGUGCAAUAUAGUUAUUAAUAAUAACAAUAAUGGUCCAUAUUAAUGCAAGGCACCUGACCUGACUUGACUGCUGCAUGUACAAAAGAUGGAAACAUUUCAGUCCUCUUCAACAAAUGUGGUGUGACUGGUUAAAAAUAUGAAGCUUAUUUAUCAUUUUUACCAAAUGAAUCAUACACCAACAUGUCCUGAUUGUUUUUGGGGUUUUUUGCACUUUAAAUUGUAUAUCAUUGUAAGCUUGUCAGUCUUUUGCAAAACUAAACUUAAAAAUAAAGAUGUUAUUUUAACGAUUUA